CAUAACUGACCCACGUUGAAUGGUAUUAAUUUGAAUUGACUAUCGUACAUCUAUAAAGUCCAACGAACAAGCAGAAGCGAGGAACAAAACGCGACCGAGAAAAAUGACCAAGGUCGGCAUCUUCCCCGCCGCAGGUGGCCUGGGAACCAGCAUCAUCAACCACCUCGUGAAACUCAUCCCCGCCGAACAACUUAUCCUCAUCGCUCGGAAACCCGACUCCCUGGCUGAAGUGAGUCGGCUGGGCGCGACAGUGCGACGCGCAGACUAUGAAGAUCCCUCGUCGCUGGAGCGCGUAUUUGAUGGGGUGGACGUGUUGAUGUUGAUUUCGUAUGCGUCGUUUGAGAUUCAGUAUCGCGUGGAGGCCCAUCGGAAUGCCAUCGACUUCGCGCGUCGCAGCGGCGUAGAGCAUAUCUUCUACUCGUCGCUCGCGUUCGCGGGCGAUCUGACCGACUCGAGCGUGGCGCAUGUUAUGGGCGCCCAUCUACGAACCGAGCAAUAUCUGGCCGAUCUACAAGCGCAGAGCAACAUUACCUACACAGCAAUUCGAGAAGGUCUCUACUCGGAGUCAUUCCCGAUCUACACGGCCUGGUUUGAUCUGGCACAUCCCGUGGAUGAAAUUACGAUCCCGCACUCUGGUGCCCCGCCGGGGGUCACGUGGGCCAAACGCGACGAACUCGGCGAGGCUACCGCCAACUUACUUGCCUCGUACGUGCAGGACCCACGGUCCUUUCCAUACGUGAAUCGGCUGCUGUUGCUCUCGGGACCGCGCGAAUAUUCGCUGCAGGAGACAGUAGAGAUCCUGGGUCGUGCCGUUGGACGGACAGUUCGGAUUCGCGAAAUCUCGCCGGAUGAGUAUGCGGCAUUGUCGACCCAUGGCACGAAGCAUACCUAUCAUGGAAUUAACCUGGCGAGAGAGUGGGCGACGGCGUGGGAUGCGAUCCGGCGCGGGGAGACCGCGGUGGUGACGCCGCUAUUGAGGCAGAUCUUGGGCCGCGAGCCAGAGGACUACGAGACGACGAUUCGGACAUUAGCCCGGGAGGUGAGGACGCAGGAAGCAAGUUAAUUAGGGCUGAUUUGGAGGAGCCUCCGGUGUUCUGACUAAGGAGGGUUGGGUGAGAGGGGGUUAUAUAUAGCACCAGGUCAUGUGAUUCCAUCGCGGGGUUGCCCUCACCUGGAACCCCCCGAUCAAUGUUACGGAUCGCCACGAGCGCAAACACCACCACCAUGCAUCCUACACACCAAAU